UUCAAGUUCCUGGCUACGGCCCUGAGUAGUAUACUAUUUCACUCAUUUGGAGUUUGUUCCUCUCACUAAAAGAUAUCGCUUUAUGAUGUACUCUAGAGAUGAUGUGUGUCAGUUACUGUCGAAGCAAGAAAUGGGGAUAGGGGGGCCUGACAGUGCUCUGAACCUUAAAGGAGACCAGAAGGUACAACCAGCCGAUAUUAUCUUCUCACUCAUUAGGCAGAUAGUGAUACACAACUCCUGGUGUGAGGGGUUCACUGAUAUACACUGGAGGAUAACCAUAGUUGAUAAUCCAGAGUUAGUUUAUGCAUCGAGCUUACCCACUGGUGAUAUGACGAUAUAUUCUGGAACUUUACAUGCGUGUCAUAAUAUAGAUGAAGCUAGUUUACUGCUCAGCCACGAAUUGGCUCACAUUAUUCUUGAUCAUUCAGUUGAGCGCUUCAAUCACUUGGUCCUAGUCUCUAUGCUUGGACUGGUUUGCAUUGCUGCUAUAUGGUUCUUCAUUCCAAGUGUCUUAGUAUCAUUCUUUACUCACAUACUCUUCAAUGGAACUGUGACAAUAUUGUCCAAUUAUCGCUACAGUCGUAAGCUUGAGAUGGAAGCUGAUCGGGUAGGGCUACUGCUAGCAUCAAAGGCUUGCUUCAAUCCUGAGAGAGCCAUUAAACUUUGGAAGCACUUACCAACGUUUAAUGAAUCAGACACUGUUCAGGAAUUCUUUGAAACUCAUCCAUGCAAUGAGAGGAGGUUCAUGAUACUGCAGUCACUUUUACCUCAAGCUAAGGAGCUGCACAGUUCUGGUCAGUGUGAGUCACAGAUGAAGAAAGAAAUGGAAGAAUUU